AUGCCUAUAAAAGCCCAGCGUCUGCUAGAAGAACGACAUACCUCGAAUCUUAUGGUUCAUAACGAAGACAUGACUGAAUUAAACCUGGACAUAUCUCUUGCAAAGGUAAGUGGUUUUAUUUAGCUUUGGCUUUUAGGAAGUAAAGAAUCUUUCGCGUGAGGUGGCAGAAAGGAUUGUAAAGAAGAAAAUUACAUUUGAACAUGAUUUUAUGUGAAAAGCGAACGUUUAUCUUUUGCUGUGGGUAAUGAAAACUUUGAGUUGAUGUAUCUUGGCAAGUAAUUAGCUUUUCGUUUUAAAUUCUAUAUCAAAAUGAAGAUAAUUCUUUUAGGAAUCUAACAUGGGCAGCCCGGCCAUGUUUUCACCGGCAUCUUCCACUGGUCAUAUGUCUUUUGACUGUCCUAUACCAAAAAGAAGUGGCCGAUCCAAACAUUUCAAUUCCAUGGAAUCAGAAGAGGACGAUGAAGUUUUUACAAAGUCUACGAUUGAAAAUGAGAAACGGCGCAUACGAAAGUACAUAAUUAACAACUUUUACUUUCACUUACACAAGACGAAACGACAACUGAAUGUUGAGGAUGAUGAAGAAGAGAGAUUUCUAAAAUACGCUGGGAUAAGCAGAAACGGAGGUGAAUAUAGUGAAAAUUUGAAAGAUGAGAUUCCUGAGAUUAAAGAGGAAGAGCCUGAAGGUUUUAUCAACAAGCCAAAGCCGUUUAUUGCGGUGGACAUUAGUUGUUAUGCACAAAAGCAGGCUGAUGAGUUUAGGAAGAAGUUGUUGGAAGAAAGCGAACUCAGGAAGAUCUACGAGCCUUUGGAAUAUCCAGACGUUCCUGCAGGUAAGUUUAUUAUUUUUUAAGUUACUUUUUUGAUUUUUUUUAAAAUGCCUUAUUCUACUAUAACAUAAACAACAUAAAUCGUUUUAGUGAGCAAAGAAGAAGCAGAAUUAAAGUUGCUGGCGACGAUGCUGAUUCAAGUCAAGAAGGAACAAGACGAAGAGGAUCUUGUAGCACCAUCAUGUUCUACCUCUUCGGAAUCCACAGAACAAACUCCAGAAACCUCAACAGAAGCGUGGUCAAGAGGUGAAGAUCUGGAAUACAAGAAUCUGGAAAGGAGGUUGUUUGUAUUAAAUGGAAUGGGACGUCAAGUAGCUGCUAAAUACAGGCGAAUGUUUAGAGCAGAAGUUGAUUGUAGCAGUACAGAUGCCAUGUUGACACAAAGAAGGAGGUUACGACAGAGGCAUGAAGCAGAUCAACAGAAGAUUGAGGAGUUAAAUAGGAAAAAGUACAAGUUAAAGAAAGCCCCGAUAACUGCAUGUUCAGCAAAGAGGGGGAGACCUGGAAAGAAAACUUCUAAUCAUGAGGUUGGUUAUAUUGAUAUUGUAGUAGAUAUAGGUUUGAAGAGGAUUUUAGUUGUAACUUUUUUUAAAUGAUAGGUAGGGAGCUGGAAUUUUGAGUGAGGUUGGCCUGGUUAUAUGGGUAACUAGACCAUGAAAGCAGGUUUUAACAUUAAUUAUGGUUGAGAAGUUACAGUAGUUCUACGGUACCUACUUACUAAAUUUUGAUUUUAUUGGAAAAAUUAAGUUUUUAGAUUUCUUUUGAAAAAUUAAAAUUUUUAACAGAAAACUUUCAUAUAAAUUUAUUUUUUAUCUAAUAAUAACAUUUCAGCUCUCAACUCCAACCACAACAACAACCCCUGUACCCACAACCCCUCAUAACUACAAACGACCAACCUUAACAUAUCAAACCCCGGUUUCAAAACCCACAAGAAUCUCAAAGUCUGCCUCCACUAAUCACUCACCAGUUCCUUCAAUGGCCAAGCUUUUGGAGGCCACGAAACCGUCGUCAGCCUUCCUACGCGAAGCUCCAGGCGCCGAAUUCAUGAUGAGGCCGGCGAUAAUAUUAGGACAAAAUUCAAAAUUUAGCCCAGACCCAGUAGAUGUAGAAAGGAUUGUUAGAAGCAUUCAGAAUGCCAGCUCCGUUGUUGGGAAUGAUAACGUACAGGUUUCACAGGAAAGGGUCAAGAGAAAGGUAAGGAGGGGGAAAUUUUGAAUUUGAAAAUGUUUAAAAGGACUGGGUUUUGAACUUGACAAAGGAUAUAGAAGCUAGUAUUGUCAAAUAACAAACAUAUGUUUAUACACUUCUUUCUUAAAAUUUGGAUUUUUAGUACACUAAACGAAAGCACAAUGACUCAAAAACGGAAUCAGACGCCACGCCGGUCAAGGUGAAGGUACGAGGGCGACGACCAACGAUUGACAAGGAAAAGCAAACGAAGCCAAGGAAAGAUUCUCUAAACAGUAACCUCCAAGUCGGUCGAAAACCCUCGAAAAAGCAAAUCGCGGCCGAACAUCAAAAACGAUUGGAAAUUGAUUUGGGGUUGGUCGACGAGAGAGGAGACGUAUCUUCAUCGGAUGGCAGCUUUACGCUUCCGGCUGAAAUUGAGGAGCCGUGUGCUUUUGAGGUAAAUUUUUGGGGAUAUUGAGGAGGAAGGAGCUUGAAAAUAUUUUAUUGAGGAUGAUGGGCUUUAAAUGGUUGAGGAUAGUGAUCUUGACGAUUAUAUUGAGGAUUUAUAGUUUUAACAGUGCAGGACGGGGACUUUUGGCCUGGGGACGUUUUAAAAAGUACCUUGAGAAUCAUGGUCUUUAGAAGUUUCCAUGAAGAUGAAAAAGCAUGAAAAAAUUAUAUUGAGGAUGAUGGGCUUUUUAAGAUCUAUAUGGAAGGUAGUAUAUUAAUAUUUAAAGUUGUCUGUUGUAUAAAAUACUUUUUUUCUUCAGGAAUGCCGAAUCCGCGACGUCCUGCGUGAAGCCGAACGCAACGCCAUCGAAUGGGUUCAAUGCGACUUUUGCGACAAAUGGUUUCACUGCAUAUGCGCCCUCCAAAGCAACCGACCGGUCGGGCAGCGGGAGGUGUUCCGGUGCCGCCAUCUCGGUUGUCCAUCGGCCUUAUUCAACGAGGAAAUGGUUUGA